CGACGUCACGGAAUCACGGCGGCAUUGGCGGUGAGCGCGUUAAUCGGGGACGAGGCGCGACGGCGAAUUCUGGACGGCGCGGCGUGUUAUAUUUAAGCCAUCCGCGGAUCUGGCACCCACGGUACGUAGUCGGACUUGUGUCCCCGGUGGACGAAAAUCAAUAUUUCCGUCGCGUGGUGAGGUAAAGAACACAGCGGCUGCGGUCGCCAUUGCCGUGCCAUUACUCGCGCCGUGCCCUCUUUCUCUCUUGCUCGUCAAAUCUCACAUCAUCCCGGCGACGACGUCAACGACGCGCGAACGGUGUCCGCCGUCACCGGUCAGUCGCGCCGCGUCGCGACUCUCGCGUAUAUUUUCUGGACACGCCGUCGUGUGUGCUACAAGAGGACCAGAAGCAGCAGUAGCAGCAGGCAGCACCCCACCUCUCAUCGUGCUCGAUAGCUUCGCACGAGAACCUCAUCCGCCUCUGUUAUUAAGAUCCCGGACUUGAUCGCGAUCGGUUCGAUCCAUUCUGAAUAUUGUCAUCGGUGAGUCGAUCGUCCGUGUGACCGUCGCGAUUCAUCGUUCGUUCCUUCUCUUUCUUCAUCCUUACAGUCCUACUCUCCCUUCCAUCCUUUCGUCUACUUUCUCGUCCUUCAACGUUCCGUCCGUCAACCUGAAAGGGAGCCAAGCUAGCCUCGGUGAGAAGACGGUCGCAAGCGCGAUAUCCCGUUUCGGUGUCGCGUCGCCGACGGUCUCCCUAGCUCGCUAAUUUGCCCUCCUCCCUUUCACCUUUCCGUCUCUCCUCGCUCUUGGUCGCCGAAAACGAUGGCGUUUCUGAGAAGCGUGUCGCGACGAUGUUGCGCCGGCAAGAAGCUGACCAAGUGCGGUGCGUCGCCGCUGGCCGCGACCGGCCUCCUGGAGUACGCGACGGCAAUGGCACCGAUGACGACGGCGACGACGGCGGCGGUGGUGACGAGGACACCGUCAUUACGGCUAGUUACACAGGUGCGUGGUGACACGCGAGGAUACGCCACCACCGCUGCCACUGACAUCAAGAAGCAGCGGCAACAGCAAUCGGCGGUGCCGCGGCAGAUCGACCCGCUUGAUUUGCAAUUUAACGACCCAAUCGCCGCGUUCAAGAGCAAGACCACCACGGAGCUAAUGCGCGCCUACAUCGUUUACCAGAUGUGCUCCAUCGAAUACAUCGUGGAGAACAAUAUGAAGUUCAUGAAGCUGACAAAAAUGUUGUUGGGCGAAAGGCUGUUCACGAGACUCAUGAAGGCGACGUUUUACGGUCACUUUGUCGCUGGGGAAGAUGAAGUACAGAUCACCCCUGUCUUGGAUAGACUGCGACAGUUUGGCGUCAAACCGAUUCUUGAUUAUUCCGUUGAAGAAGACAUCUCGCAAGAGGAGGCCGAGCGACGUGAACUCCAAGCUUCAGUGUCAGAGGCGGGCGACGAGAAAAGAGAGGGACCGCUAAAGAAGUACCAUGUGGAGAAGUCGUUUGCCGAUCGGCGAUACAAGGUGUCAUCGGCCAGGACAUAUUUCUACUUGAAUGAAGCGUCCUGCGAGCGAAACAUGGAUAUAUUUGUCAGGUGUCUGGAGGCUGUGGCGAGUGCUUCGAUGGGAAUGGGCAUUACAGCUGUUAAGCUAACGGCACUCGGUCGGCCGCAGCUUCUGCUUCAAUUGUCGGAGGUAAUUAUGCGCGCACGGCAGUACAUGUCGGACGUUAUUGGCGGCGAGGGUGCCAUUCUGGCUCAUCACGUGAAGCCUGAUGACUUCAGAAAAAAGUUCGAAGAGGCGCAAAUCAAAGACGAGGCGUCGGUGCAAAAGUUCCUUCAGAAAAUUCAAUCCGAUAAGGAAGGUGUGAUCCAUCUGUUUCCAUGGAGCGGUAUUUUAGAUGAAAAUUAUGAGCUGAGCGAAGCUUUCCAAGUACCUGAUAUUAAAACAGGCAAGAUGGUCAGGCUAAUGUCGCAGCUUACGUCCAAAGAGGAGGAAAUGUUUAGAAAUAUGAUCCGACGUCUAAAUAAUAUUGUAUCGGUGGCCGAUAGUUUAGACGUUCGUAUUAUGAUAGACGCUGAACAGACAUAUUUCCAGCCGGCCAUUUCUCGCUUGACGUUGGAGAUGAUGCGCAAGUACAAUACGAAAAAGGCUGUGGUAUUCAACACGUACCAAACGUAUCUGCAAGACGCGUAUAACGAGGUAAAAACGGACCUCGAACAGGCGGAACGCCAAAACUUUUACUUUGGUGCUAAAAUUGUUCGCGGCGCUUACAUCGAGCAGGAAAGGGCUAGAGCAGCAGCUAUGGGUUAUCCAGACCCGACAAACCCUACGUUUGAUGCGACGACUGAGUCCUAUCACAAGACACUCAUGGAGUGUCUUAGGCGGAUGAAACAAUAUAAGGACAAGGGAGAAGAUCCCAAAAAAAUUGGGAUCAUGGUUGCCUCACAUAACGAAGACACUGUGCGCUUCGCGAUCGAGAAAAUGAAAGAAAUUGGAAUCUCACCGGAAGAUAAAGUGAUAUGUUUUGGUCAAUUGUUAGGAAUGUGUGAUUAUAUAACAUUUCCAUUAGGUCAAUCCGGUUACUCUGCCUACAAGUACAUCCCGUACGGGCCGGUUAAAGAGGUGCUACCGUACUUGUCGCGACGCGCGCAAGAGAAUCGGGGCAUACUGAAAAAGAUUAGGAAGGAGAAACGCCUGCUUUUGAGUGAAAUCACGAGACGUAUAGUGCGGGGCAAGCUAUUUUACAAACCCAAGGGCAAUUAUACUCCGGUUUGAGCAGUUGAUCCGAUUAGUUGCACAGACAGAAUUUUAAGUAUCAAAUUUAAGUAGUGGUUGUAAAUUAUUGAGAACUCUUGAAAGACCUCGAUGCGAGCACUUCGGAUUGAAGUAGCCGAUUAAAGUAAACCUGACGGACUUGUUAUUGUGGUACUCGGAAGAGAGGAGCGAGCGUGAGUGUGUGUGAAACUUCAGGGUAUACGCAGUGUUAUCCAUGCAAAAGUCGCCUCAGUACAUUGUUAAAUGUACCGAUGCUCAAUGUUGUUUGGUAGGACCAUGCAUAUUGCUCGUUUCGUUCGUCGUUGUCGAAGAGGUUGCCGUUGACUGUGCUACGGUUAAUUUUACUCGCGCGAGAAUAUUCCAGUGUUUUCAUACUCCAAAAUUAACGAUAACUUUUUUAAUUAUAGCCUAUAAUAUUUUCUGCACAGUAUUAGGGAAAGUACGGACCGGAUUGACAGCUUUUAUCAUCGCGAAACGCGAUAGAAAACGGACGUUGAUUUUUUAAACACUUUCUUGCGCUCUUUUCCAAUUUUUAUUAAAAUUUCUUGAAGAAUCUCGUCGAAUACUUUCCAUAUGUACAUAACACCCGCGCAUCAAUUAUUAUUUAUGAUUCAUGUUCACACCUGAUAUUGUCCUAUCGUCCACAAUUUCUGUAAAAAAAGGAGGAAAGAAAAGAAACAAGAACACCGCGUAUGAAUAUUUGAAUGUAACUGCGAUUUGCUACCGUUUCAAGGUAUUGUCACUCACGAAGGAAUAUGUCUGGAGAAUAUACGGUAUUGGUUGCAGAUCGAGCGAGCCGCAUAUGUGACGAUAUAUGCUCAUGCAUAAUUACGGUGACAAUGAGAACCGAGUUU